UGCAGCCAUCGUGUGCGGUCCUCCACCCAGCAUCCCUAACGGGCAGGUGAUGGGUUCGGACUUCAGUGGGGCGCCAGCGUCAGCUACUCCUGUAACCAGGGCUACCAGCUUUCCCUGCCCACAGUCUUACCUGCCAGGGAGGGGGCAACUGGAGCGGAGAGAAGCCACAGUGCUUCCCUGUGUUCUGUGGAGACCCAGGGUUCCCUGCGCAAGGCCGGCGUGAGGACCGUGGCUUCACCUACCUGUCGCCCCGUCUACUUCUCCUGCUACCCGCCGCUGCUGCUGGUGGGCUCCAAGGUGCGCUACUGCCAGUACGACGGCACCUGGAGCGGAACACAGCCCUCCUGUAUCGACCCCAGCCACACUAGCUGUGUAGACCCAGGACCCCCCUGUUUGGAUAUCAGAACAACACACAAGGCUAUCAGAUCACUAGCAUGGUGUUCUUCAGCUGCAGAAAGGGCUACCUGCUGCUCGGUUCCAUCUCACGCACCUGUCUGCCCAACCUGACCUGGAGUGGCCUGCAGCCGGAGUGCAUUGCUCACCACUGUAGCCAGCCUGAGUUGCCUGCCCAGUCGGAUGUGAGUGCGAUAGAGCUCCCGUCUCUGGGCUACACCCUCAUCUACACCUGCCAGCCCGGAUUCUACCUGUCCGCCGGCUCUGAACACCGCACCUGUAGACCUGACGGCAGCUGGACUGGCAAGCCACCCAUCUGCACAGCUGAUAACAGACCCAGCGGGAAGACAGUGGGCCCAGUGCAGGAGCCACCCAGUAAUAAGCUCCCAGUGCCAGGCGGAGUGUUUGCCAAGAACUCCUUGUGGCGGGGCUCAUAUGAGUAUUUGGGGAAGAAGCAGCCAGCCAUGUUGAGUGUCACGGCGUUCGAGCCCUUCAGCAACCGAGUCAACGCCACCCUCAUCGACCACAGCGGGGUCGAACUCAAACUCUCCGGCACCUACAAGAGAGAAGAAGCUCAGCUGCUGUUGCAGGUGCACCAGGUCCGAGGUCCAGUGGAGAUCUUCAUGAACAAGUUCAAGAUAGAAAACUGGGCCUUAGAAGGACGUGUGUCAUACAUGCCCUCCACCAACUCGUUUGUCUACCAGGGCUUCGUCCGCGGAAAAGGUUUUGGACAGUUUGGGCUUCAGAGGUUGGAUAAUCUGGACCCCAGCAGAGAAAACCCCAGCUAUAACUUUGCCUCCAACAGCAGCUCCGUAGCAGCUGCCAUUUUAGUGCCUUUCAUUGCCAUGAUCAUUGCAGGAUUCGCACUGUACCUCUAUAAACACAGAGAGCCGGACAGAGGGAUGUCUAUGUGUGAUGUUCACAGGAGAAGACCCAAAGUUCCGUUCAAUGGCUACGCGGGCCACGAGAACACCAACGGCAGGGCCACGUUCGAGAACCCCAUGUACGACCGCAACAUCCAGCCCACCGACAUCAUGGCCAACGAGACCGAGUUCACCGUCAGCACUGUCUGCACCGCAGUAUAGCCCACACACCACUUACAGCUCCAGGACAUGAAUGAUGGUUUCCAUGCCAACGGAUUUGCCCGAUGCGGAGGCAAGCAUUGCUGGUCAGCUAAAGAAGAAAAAUAUGAGAAAGCUUUUUAUUACCUUUUUUUUCUUCCACUUCUGCUGGUGUUGUUCUUGUCCCAAAAACUAAACGGUGGAUUACAGAACAGCCUGGGAUGAUACACAUGUGGAUGGAAAAAACAACGAUGAACAAAGAAAAAAUAAAACUAAACAACAACUCAAAACCUUCAACAUGUCAAGUGCAGCAAAGUGUUGAAGCUUUAAAAAAAUGGACUAAAAGCAAGGAAAGACUUUUCCUGUUUCUACUCUACUGUGUGUCAGGGAGUGUGUGUUUGUGUGUGUGCAUUUGGCUUUUCUUUCCACUGUUUUUUUUGGAUAGUAACUUCCGGAGAAGUUUGCAUUGGUGAGAUACACAGACACUGUUAGCAAGUUGCUGGCCAAAAAAAAAAAAAAAAAACGACAGCUAUAAAAAGCGACACAAAAAAAAGGACAAGGAAGCGAGGAUAUUUUUGUAGCCGGUAUGUCUCCAGCCGUGAGACACCCAUGGCGGCGGGAAACGUGUCCGCUCUGUGCGAGGGGCCCCUCAGCGCGGAGGCAGCAGAGGCAGCGGAGACGUGAACACUAGCAGGCUUUGAGCAGGAUGACGCUCUGGAUCUGAUCGCUCGUUCACUGCUUUUAUAUUCUUUUCUUUUUUCUUCUAUACUCUUUUACACACCACACCGCUGAGAACACACACUGCUACUUUAUUGACCAUGAGGGAGAGUUUUGUUUUCAUGGUGUUUGUGUGUGUGUGUGUGUGUGUGUGUGUGUGUGUGUGUGUGUGUGUGUCCCUCUCGCUCACUCAAUUGCCGUUGAUUUAUCUCUAAUUUAUCCGAUUCAUCAAAAACGCCACAGAGUUCAAUUUGGUAUUGAGUAUAUUGACACCUCUAAGGUUUAGUCACAGACAGACAGAGUGCUGCUGCUAACACACCUCAAACGCAUCCACACCUACAGUGACCAGCUUGACCCCAGAGGGAAACGUUUGCUCCAGUAGUUCCUUGCGUUGAGUUUGCGUUUCCACUGGGCGUUUUAGCGCAUGGCCGGCCGUGUCCUUGCAGAGUGGGCCUGCGGGGCGUAACGGAGGUUUGAAGCCAGUGACCAGUGCUGUCACUCCGAUUCUCUCACUGACCACACGCAGCAGGAGCUCCCCCCUGUAACAGGAGGCCUACGGAGGUCUGUUAGAGGCUUUCUGUUCGGACUUCAUGCAGGGAGCUCAUGAGGAUUCUAAAAAGUUAGGGCUAACAUCUGUGAAGACUGACAAACACAAACACACUUGGACCUUUAUGUAAAAGAGAGCUGAGAUUUCAGGAGGUGCUGUUCUUCAUCGUCAUUAUCAUUGUCAUUGUCAUCAUCAUCGUCAUCAUCAUCAUCAUCAUCAUCAUUAUCGUGAUAUACAAAUGCAUUACAUAAAAAUAUGUAUUUCCCUUGGGAAGCUGCUCUGUUUUAGUGGUGUUUUGGUUGAGUUGUGGCUUUGUGUACGAGGCUGGUGCUCUGCUGUUCCUCUCUAAUGGCCGUGUAGCUCUUGAAGCAUUUUGUGAGAAUUAGCAGCUCACUUUGUGUGACCGACACUGUCCCUUCACAUUUAAAGUCAGAGGACCAUGUCUCAGUAAAUGUCUCUCUCAAAAUCAAAUCAAAUCAAAUGGUGCUUUAUUGGCAUGAAUGAGUAAAGUCACUGUUGCCAAAGCUACAAGUAUAACAUGUUAAUAAUCAACUUUACAU